AUGGUUCUAGUCGGCCUCAAAUCGUCGCCAUCAGUCGCAUGGCCUCCCCCACCUCCAGCCGACGAAUCGGAUGAGCAACGCAGAAACCGCCUCGAACGAGAAGCCCGGGCCAAAGAAACCAACGACCGCAUCGAUAAAGAGAUAAGCGCCGAGAAGGAGAGAAGGAAACGGCCAAGGGCAAAGAUUCUUUUGCUAGGCCAAGCAGAGUCUGGAAAAUCAACUGUUUUAAAGAACUUUCAGCUUCAAUUCGCACCUAAAGCUUUCGAGAACGAUGCAGAAAUCUGGCGACCUGUAAUCCAUCUCAACCUCGUCCGCUCCAUCAACUUUCUCGUCAACUUUCUCUCGAGCCGCCUCACAAACCUGCGCGACUCAACCAACCAGCACUCCCACUCACUCUCAACACAAUCCUCCAGUUCCUCCCUCCACAGCAGUGCUUCGUCGCCCCCGUCCAAAAAGAAUGGACAAAACACUGAACUGCGCAAGUUGCUGGUGCGAUUGGCACCGCUGCGCCAAGUCGAGGACUCGCUCGCCCGCGCGCUAUCCGGGGGCUCGCUUUCCAAUUCUUCGUCCCCUUUCAGCCCCGCCUACAACCCCGCCAAAGCUCCCGAAAUCGCCUUCCCCUCUGGAUACGGAUGGAAGAAAGCCUUGCUUAGUGGCCGUAAACUCGGCAGUGGGAAUGGAGGAAACGGAGGGAAUGGCAGUAGCGAUAUGAGCGAGUUUGGGCAGGCCAGUCGAAUUCUGGCUGCGUGCGGAGAGGAUAUCGUGAAGCUGUGGAAUGAUCCUGGUGUGCAGCAGAUUCUGAAAGCUGCGGAUAUAGCGUUGGAUGAGCAGCCGGGAUUUUUUUUGGACCAGGCGGCGAGGAUCACAGAGGAAAGCUACAGGCCAUUACCGGAGGACGUCCUGAAGGCACGAGUAACAACCGUCGGACCUGAAGAGCACGUCAUCCACUGCGAGAACGUAGCAGACUCGAGCGCAAAAGAAUGGGUCAUCUACGACGUUGGAGGAAGUCGGAGUCAACGAGCUGCUUGGGCGCAGUUCUUCGACGACGUUAACAUGAUCAUCUUCCUCGCUCCCAUGUCCGGUUUCAACCAAGUCCUGGCGGAAGAUGAAAGCGUUAACCGAUUGACAGACUCCCUCCGCCUCUGGCAAACCCUCUGCUCCAACAAACUCCUCGCGCACGUCGAAUUCGUGCUCUUCCUCAACAAACUCGACAUCCUCGACGCCAAGCUCAAGUCGGGCGUGCAGUUUGGGUCGUUUGUGACGAGUUACGUGGAUAAGCCUAAUGAGACUAAGCCGGUCGCGAAAUACCUCCUCGAUGUAUUUGUCUCGCUCCACCAGAAACAUUCACCGCGUAGACGCAAGAUCCAUCCUCAUCUUACAUGUGCGGUGGACACGAAGGCUACUUCGACUGUUAUCAACAGGAUACGAGAAGUGAUCCUAGUGAAGAUGCUGUCGCAGACGAACAUCCUUUAA